CGCUGAUGAAAAAAAAAAAAAAAAAUUGGCCACGGCCACCACGGAUGGGAACCGUGGUCGAUCGGAAGCACGCGGGCGGAGAUUUACGUCCUGCUAAAACCCGAAUUCACGGCUUUGCAAAGCCGAUGACAGUGACUACCGUGAUCUUUUUUUUCUUUUUUCGCCCCUCGUGUCCUCCCUCUCUUCUCUCCUGCAACUCUCUCCCCAGUCCUCGUUUCGAUCCAGUAUCAACAACUAUGCUUACAGCUUGUAUCAGAAGAACAAUUCUCAUCCCAACUUGGCAAACUUUUGUCACACGUGGAGUUUUGAGGUUUAAAACUUUAUGCCAACUGACAGCUAUACAGGGUCCAUCCCCAACGAUAUACCGGUUGACAACUGUUUGCUCUCGUUGCAACAUUGAAACCCGGUGUUGACGAUUUGUCCCACACCGAUGUGGUUGAAAAUCAAGGUUACGAGCCAAAUGUCAUGUCAUCGGCAUCAAAGCGUCCCCGUAACCCGUUUGGCCGAACCACCAAGUCACUGAAGCAUCUACUCUCCAGCAACAUAUCUCCUCAUCUUUUUUUUUUUUUUU